AAGAAUCCUCUUGCCUCCCCACGAAGCCUUUGAGCUUUUGUGCUCGUAAACGCAACCAACCCAAGACAAACCAGAAGCUAGAGAGAGAAUCUUCCAAGAGAUUGUGUUUCUAGAGAGAGAGAGAGAGAGAGGCGACCUGGUCAGCGCAGCUAAGCGAGGUUGUUCUCUCUUAAUCUGUGAGAAGAAGUUCAGUGCUUGCUUCCUUCUUUUCUGCUGCAGAGUGAGAAUCCAUAUAUGGGUACGAUGUCAGAAGACUCGGAACCAGCACGACACAGAAACUAUAGCAAACCUCUUGGAAUUCAAUUCUUGGAGCACAUUAACAAAUCGACCCUCUCUUUUAAAACCUACCAAGCCAUUGUCCUUAUAGUAACAUUCUUAGCAUACGCAAGCUACCACGCGGCCCGAAAAACCACAAGCAUUGUGAAAAGUGCUCUCGAUCCAAAUGAAUCAUCGGACUUGGGCCUGAAGUUUUCCCCAUUCCAAACAUCUUAUCUUCACUCAUGGAUUCUUGGAAGUGGUUGGGCACCAUUCAAUGGAACAGAUGGCACAGCCUUGCUUGGCGAUAUAGACGUGGCUUUCCUUUCAGUUUAUGCUAUGGGAAUGUACUUCUCGGGUCAUAUAGGUGAUAGAAUGAACCUACGAUAUUUUUUAACCGUAGGAAUGGUGGGAACUGGUUUAUUCACUUCACUCUUUGGAGUUGGAUAUUGGGGAAAUAUCCAUGUUUUUUACUACUAUUUAAUUGUCCAAAUGGUCGCUGGUUUGUUUCAAUCGACCGGUUGGCCUUCUGUAGUCGCUGUUGUUGGAAACUGGUUUGGGAAAAGGAAGAGAGGUCUCAUAAUGGGCAUAUGGAAUGCUCACACAUCCGUGGGUAACAUAACUGGUUCUUUAGUUGCUUCUGCUUUGUUGAAGUACGGUUGGGGUUGGUCCAUGGUUGUACCUGGUCUUAUGAUUGCCUUUGUUGGUAUGGUGGUUUUUCUGUUUUUGCCUGUUAGUCCUGAUUCCGUUGGAGCAGAUGUAGAUGAAGACGAUGUGUCAUCUCCCAAGAAAAGUAGGGAAGAAGUAUCGGAACCGUUGUUGAGAUCGAGAUCUGAGACAGGUAAUAAUGAGGACAAAGCUGUGGGGUUUAUAGAAGCGUGGAAGAUUCCAGGGGUUGCUCCUUUUGCUCUUUGCCUGUGUUUUGCUAAAUUGGUUGCUUAUACGUUUCUGUAUUGGCUUCCUUUCUACAUUACCCACACAGCUAUAGACGGCAAGUACUUAUCAAGUGGCGCUGCUGGAAACCUAUCCACCUUAUUUGACGUCGGAGGCGUGGUUGGAGGAAUCCUCGCAGGCUACAUCUCCGACCAUCUCGAUGCCAGAGCCAUAACUGCCGCAAGCUUCAUGUACUGCACCAUUCCGGCUCUCUUCUUGUACAGAAUCUAUGGUAGCAUUUCCUUGACCGUUAACAUCUGUCUCUUGCUUGUUGCCGGCAUGUUCGUGAACGGGCCCUACGCCCUCAUAACGACUGCAGUUUCGGCCGAUCUUGGGACCCACAGUUCCUUAAAAGGAAACUCGCGCGCACUUGCAACUGUGACUGCAAUUAUAGAUGGAACUGGAUCAAUUGGGGCCGCCAUUGGACCGUUGCUGACCGGUUAUAUUUCGGAAACGAGCUGGAACUCUGUCUUCAUCAUGUUGAUGGCCUCGGCUCUGGUGGCUGGGUUGCUUCUGACUCGGCUUGUUGUGGCUGAGGUGGCUGCAAAGAUCAACCACUCCAGAUCACAAGGUGGGGCCGCACCACCAUCCCCUUCUGCUGCACUUGAAGCUUGAUUUUGCUCCGGGAGGUAGAAGGGGUUAGGGUGUGCCCUCCAAUGUUAAUACAUUCACUGCGCCGAGAUGUUCUGCGAUAUUCGUGGUUUUUUCGUGAUUUCCACCAUAUUAUGUAGUUGAGCAAGGAUUGGGAACAGAAAACGCGGAUUUGAGGACAGGCGAUCUCAUGCGCUGGUAAAAUGGGUCCUUUACCAAUACUUGUGUGUGAAAAUUUGAGUGUUUUCGAGCUCUGGCUAGCAGGUUUGAUUCGUUCGGUGACAACUCGGAGGUGGAAGGGGGGGUAUUGAAGAUCUUUCGGUCUUCAUAAAUAUAGAGACUGUAUAAACCCCUUAGUGUCCUCCAUGAUAUAUGUACACUUUUUGUUAUUACUCCCAACUGUAUCAAAUGAAGGAUGCGAUCCAGAAUUGCUGGAAAA